UAAAAAAAAAAAUAUAUAAAAAAUUUAAAUACGACAAUAUUAAUAAAUAUUAUUAUGAAAAAAUAUAAUUACUUCCUAUAAAAAUAUAUGAUAAAAUGUAUAUAACUACAGCCUAAGUUGUUUGAUCAUGGAGAAUAUGAAAGUAUUACUAGCCCUUUUUGUGCGAAGUCUUGGAACAUUAAAACGGCGCUGGUGUCGCAGAGCAUAUCGGGAGUGAUCAUUUACAGGCGGCAGAAGAAUACUUAACUUGUGGUUAGGAUUAUUAAUAGUGUCAUUAAAAAGCUUGCUGCACAGUAAAAAAUUAUUAUGGUCAAAGAUCGGAUUGAUGUCAAUAUCCUUCGCUAAUUUACACCUUCCUGAUGUUAUUAUUGAUACCGCCCUUUUUUCAAGGUGCACAAACUCAUUUUUCAAGUAUUGAGGAAGGCUAUUAUAAAAUACUGGCGCGGCGUAGUCCAUAAGGGAUCUAACGCAUGACGUGUAAAAUAAUACUAGCUCAUGUUGGGGAACUCCAGCUCUUUUUAGUUGUGUUAGAAAAUAGAGCCUUUUACUAGCCUUUUUCGUGACCUCAGUAACGUGGUCGUUCCAAGUUAAGUUGUUCGUUAACGUAUCUAUUGACUCAAAUAGCUACGCGCCUCGUUGACUAUCUAUUGACUCAUAGAAAACUCGAACUCGUAGUCUAAUUGUUAAAUAUAUAAGUAAUGAGCAUAAGACAAUUACUGCCCAGGAACAACAACACAAGACAAACAACAGUAAAUGCACGCAAACAACCAUUAUGUUUUGCACGCUCGCGCCACCUUUCUUGAAAUGCGCGCGCUUGUUCCGAUUUAUACAAAUAGAACUCAGUGCAUUGUAGGUUCACGCGCGGCAACAUAUGACGCAAUCAAACAGAUACCGUUAGUUUAAAAAAAAUAGAAAUUAGUUAUUAUCUCACGGACUCCGUUGUGUAAAACACAUUGGUGUAGAAUAUACUGAAGACAAGCGUUACCGGUAAAAGACAUACAUAACAUGGAAACAACUAAGAUUAUAGGCUGUUUGCGCCAUGAGAUGGAUGCGGGAUGGGCAUGGGUCGUGUGUGCAGCCUCGUUUUUUAUCCAGUUUAUCGUUUUUGGAACCAUCCAGUCUUUUGGAAUAAUCUUUGUUUCAUUGCUAAAUGAGUUUCAAGCAUCUGAGUACGAGACAGCAUGUGUCGGCUCAAUGGCGUAUGGCAUGCUCUUCUUCAUCGGCCCUGUCACAACAGCACUCACUGAUCACGUGGGAUGCCGGAAAAUGGUCAUGAUUGGAACGUGCCUUAUCAUCCUUGGCCUCGUGACGUCCUCAUUCGCCACCAGUCUUUCCGUGCUUUACGUCACGUUUGGUGUUCUGUGGAGCAUUGGCGCCAGCUUCGCUUAUUUUCCCGCCAUUCUAGUCCUACGAUUCUACUUCUUUGGCAACCUAUCGUUCGCGAACGGCCUUUCCAUGACAGGUGCCGGCAUCGGAACUAUUGUACUGAAUUCCGUCAUUAACUACGUCAAUCAGCGUUAUGGCUGGAGGACAGGGAUGCGCAUGCUCGGUGGGGUGUCCGCUGUUAUGUUUGUGUGCGGGAGCAUAUAUUUACCGCCUCCUCAAGAGUUCCUUAACAUGAUGGAUUGGACCAGUUACGAGAAGGUAAAGCUGAAAUUCAAGAUCUCCCGUUUUAUUGACCCGCGCCCUUGGAAGAUGAAACCAUUCAUCGUGUUCUCAGCCUGCAUGUGCUGUAUCUGCUUUGGCUACUUCGUCCCCUACGUGCAUCUUGUCCGUUAUGCUGAAACCCUCUCUGUGCCACUAUCCGAGGGCGCCCUUCUGCUCGGCUACAUUUCCAUAUCAGCUAUCUUCGGCAAGCUGCUGUGUGGACGUGUCGCUGACAUUAAAGCCUCGCUCCGAUUGUAUUUCUUCGCCGUUUCCACGUUAGGAAUGGCAGUAGGGAAUAUCGGUGUCACUGCUGCUACAGGCUACGGGGGACUCGUCGCGUAUGCGGUUCUGUUUGGUUUUUUCGACGGGUGUUUCUGUGUUCUCGUCCCGCUGCUUAUCAGUGAUAUCGUGGGACGGGACCUGAUGUGCGCCGCGUUUGGGAGUUUCUACGGGUUUGUGGCUAUUCCUACGACGCUUGGUCCUCCAAUAUCAGGUUUGCUGUACGAUAAAUUCGAAUCCUACACAGUAGCAUUCCUAUCUGCGGCGCUACCCAUGAUAAUGGGCACUUUACUUCUCUACUUACUCUACCGCGUCAAGCCAGAGCUGACCAGACCUCCACCUGUAAGCGUGCAGACCCAAGAAGACAUGUACUCCUGCGAUCUCCUACCGACCCCGAGCAUACAAUCGAACAUAGCAGACGCCAUGAGCGGGAUGAUCAUCACAGAGCAGUACCCCUCCGCUAUGAGUAUCAAUUCAUCCCUGCAGCACUCAAGCUUCAACCCACUGAUCAACAUGUACCGACUACCAAGAAGCCGUGCGGGCUCCCACAUUAGCUCACUGGCCAGGGGAUCCGGGUUUUCGGUGUUUGACGGCUCUAGAGGCGGCGCUCAAGCUUUUUACCCGCACAGAAGGUCAACCCAAGCGAUGUUCGAUUUGAAUAUGGAGAGUCCAAUCUCGCGCAAGAUAGAUGAUAGCGUUAGCCGUGAAGAAGAAAGUGUGUCGUCUUCAGUGUCAGACGGGACCAUAGCCCCAGCUGACGAUAGUGUUCAUUCUCACGAUGAUAUAAAUGACUCGAGCAAGGCUGAACACACCCUUUCGGUACCCAAUGUGAAUGUAGACGAUACAAAACAAGGAACAGACAACGAACAAGUAAACUCUGCUAGGGAGCGGUUUCGACUCUCCAUUUCUGAGGACCCUUCCAGCUCUAUCGCUGAUUUAAUCCAAAAGGCAAGCUCUAUGGAAAUCCUGGCCCGUGCAGAAGAGAACCCAGACUCCAAGGGAGAACCAGACGAACUUGAGUUAGUCAAGAUUCCUCCGCCCCCAAGCCACGCCCAAAGACGUUCCAGAUUACCCUCAUGUUCUGACGGGGUCUCGCUCGUUAGCGACGGAUCCGUCGACGUGUUUGUCCCGUCUAGUGAUACCAGCAGACGACAGAGCCUGAAAGAACUGGCUGAGAUCAACCUUGAAGAUGCUUUCGCAGACUCUUUCACCAACCCCUUUCACGUGACCACCACGUCCCCUAGUCAGGCAGCUUGUGAGGGCUCAGAUCCAGCCCAGCUGCCCAGAGAUACAGUGAGCUCGUCAGGCUUAAUUGAACUAAAUCAAGGUGCAGCAAUUGACUCCAGUAACCCAUUCCUAACUGAUGGCUUCUUAGCAACAAUGUCCGCUGAACAAGCUUAUGGUACUAGAUGCUCAACUCAGCUACAGCCUGACCGCGGCGGAGUGGAAUCAGAAGACCCUUAUCAUCCCUCCGAACCUGUCCAUCACAUUGUACGCAUGGCUAUUGGCAUUUCAGGCACCCACGCUGAGCAGGAGCAUGGUAGCGCGGGCGCAGAUCACCAACACCUCGUUAUCGGAAAUGAACAACACGAAGUAAGCUCCGCCGACCUCCCUGAUAGUGCAACUACCGACUCGACGAACCCAUUUCUAACAAGUGACAAUGCAGCAAUGGAUUCCUUCCAGGACUCCGCUAAAGACUCAACUAAACAGGAACAUUUAACAGAAUCUGAUCAAAUCUGAGUUUUCCCGGCUAGAGAUGAGUCAGAUCAGAUGCCAACCCGCCACGAUGCCAUGAACUAAAUAAACCCUAAGAAAACCCGUGUUAUAGAAGGAGCCCCUCCUAAAUCCGUAUUCAUAUCAAUUAGUAUGCGGAUGGAUAAUCCUGAUAUUUGAUUGGUUCAGUAUCUUGUAUGCGGAUGGAUAAUCCUGAUAUUUGAUUGGUUCAGUAUCUUAUUUGUUUUCAUGAUUUCAGGGGCCGUUCAUUAUUUAAACAGGGAAGGGAGUACGGUGCAGAGAGAAAUAUUUAGAUCGAGCUAAGGACACUACUCCCCACCUCCCUCCCUCUUCUUUUUCAACUCUCGGUGCUCCUUUGGAUAGUGAACGGUCCCUAUGCCUAGUACAAAUCACCCUCCCCCCCUUUUGUGGAAGAGUUUUAAUCACCAAAAAAUCUAUAAAUAAAUGGUUAAAAGAA